GCAAAGCAAGUUCUGUGUCUCGGUGACUACCCUGUCCUCCAGACGGAAGUGUUGAAGGUGAAAAGGGAACUCUUGGCAUGCAAUCUAUAUACCCUUUCUUGUAACUCAACAGAAAAUCGAGCUUAUUCGUUGCUCUAUUAUGCCCUCUAUGGCUACCGAAAAAUCAGACGUUUCAUUGGCGGAAGAAAUCAAACUCCAAGCUAAUGAAGCUUUUAAGGCCAAUAAAUUUUCUCAAGCAAUUGAUUUGUAUACACAAGCAAUUGAAAAAAAUGGGGAAAUUGCUGUAUAUUGGGCGAAUCGAGCUUUGGCUCAUACUAAGUUGGAGGAGUAUGGUAGCGCAAUCCAGGAUGCAUCAAAGGCUGUCGAGAUUGACCCCAAGUAUUCCAAGGGUUAUUAUCGGCGGGGUGCUGCAUAUCUUGCAAUGGGAAAGUUCAAAGAAGCACUCAAGGAUUUCCAACAGGUGAAGAGAAUAUGCCCAAAUGAUCCAGAUGCUUCAAAGAAAGUGAAGGAAUGCGAAAAAGCUGUUAUGAAGCUCAAGUUUGAAGAAGCAAUUUCGGUGCCUAGUUCUGAGCGACACUCAGUAGCUGAAUCUAUCGACUUUCGAACCUUAGGGACGGGCACAAGCUCAUCAUAUCAUUCCCUUCAGGUUACUGCUGCAGCAGUGGCAGUAGCACUAGUGGCUAUAUUGAUGCUGGUGGUGGGGCCUAUAGUAGCCACAAUGGUGGCAUCUGCAGCACUGGCAACAUUUUUGGUGGCCAAGAAGACUGGUUGGUGGGAUGGCUGGACUGGUGGUUUCUUAACCAAGAGUCAAAUACUGAACAUAGAUGUGGAACCACAAUAUGCUGGUGCACGAAUAGAGGGAGAUGUGAUAACUUUAGAUUUUGUAAAGAAAAUGAUGGAUGACUUCAAGAAUCAGAAAUGUUUACAUAAACGGUAUGCCUUCCAGAUUGUUCUACAGACCAGGGAAAUCCUAAUUGGUUUGCCAUCUCUGGUUGACAUAAAUGUUACAAAUGGAAAGCACUUCACUGUUUGUGGCGAUGUGCAUGGUCAGUUUUUUGAUCUUUUAAAUAUCUUUGAGCUCAACGGCCUCCCCUCUGAAGAGAAUCCCUAUUUGUUUAAUGGUGACUUUGUUGAUCGUGGGUCUUUCUCUGUGGAGGUUAUUCUCACAUUGUUUGCAUUCAAGUGUAUGUCUCCAUCAGCUAUACAUCUUUCUCGUGGAAAUCAUGAGAGCAAAAGCAUGAACAAGAUUUAUGGGUUUGAGGGCGAGGUCAGAUCUAAGUUGAGUGAUAAAUUUGUGGAGCUCUUUGCAGAAGUUUUCUGCUAUUUACCUCUAGCUCAUGUUAUAAAUGAGAAGAUAUUUGUGGUUCAUGGGGGACUUUUUAGCACUGAUGGGGUGAAGCUAUCCGACAUCAGAGCAAUAGAUCGGUUCUGCGAGCCUCCAGAGGAAGGGUUGAUGUGUGAGCUAUUAUGGAGUGACCCACAACCUAAUCCUGGUAGAGGACCAAGCAAGCGUGGUGUAGGUCUCUCUUUCGGUGGAGAUGUAACGAAAAGGUUUUUGAAGGAUAACAAUCUUGAUUUAGUUGUGCGAUCUCAUGAGGUCAAAGAUGAAGGCUAUGAAAUCGAGCAUGAUGGAAAACUCAUCACUGUUUUUUCCGCUCCAAACUACUGCGACCAGAUGGGAAACAAGGGUGCUUUCAUUCGUUUCGAAGCCCCCACCAUGGAGCCCAAGAUUGUCACAUUUUCGGCUGUGCCACACCCCGAUGUGAAGCCAAUGGCAUAUGCCAGCAAUUUCCUCCGCAUGUUCUCUUAGCGUUUACCUAUGAAGCAUUUCGGGUACUAUGUUUACGUUGGCUGAAGAUGGGGAAGUCCGCUAAUCUAUAACUGCACAUAUCGCAUGAAAAACUUCUUCAAGUUUACGUCUUUUAUCCAUAGCUUUUAUGUAAACCGAAAACAGGCGAAACACAGGGUGGCAUUAAAUUAAGGUCACCUGUAAAAUGUACUAUGUAUCUACCAUUUUCAUACAAAAAAAUUUGCUUUGUAUCCUUUUGUUUUUGGAUUUGAAACACACCAAUUAAUUGAAUUUUGAAGAACAAUAAAGAAUUUAUGUAUUGCUUCCAUCAAA